GAUGGUUGUCACUUUAAUUAUUCACAGUAUAGAGAGUCGCGUAAGAGACAAAUUAAUUGUGUAAAAUUAGGGUAAUUGGUGAAGAUGAAUAGAAUUUCUCUGCGCUCUGGUAUUCCCUUUAUCUCUUUCUUUUCUGAUUCUUCAAUUACACUCACAAGUUACAGUAAUAAAUCCAUUUCAGUAAAGGGGAAUUUUGAGUGUUUAGAUGAUGCUGUUAGUGUCUUCCAUCAAAUGGUUACAAUGAAGCAUUAUUCUGCUGCCGUUUCUCUUUUUCGAGAAAUGUGGAAAUUGGGUAUCCCAAUUAAUGGAGUCAUCUUGAAUAUCGUGGUUAACAGCUAUUGCCUGAUGCAUCGUGUUGAUUGUGGGUUUUCGGUGUUACCCAUUUACUUGAAGAAUGGCAUUCCGUUUAAUACCAUCACCUUUAACACCCUAUUAAGAGGAAUCUUUGCUGAAAAUAAGAUCAAAGAUGCUGUUGAAUUGUUCAAAAAAUUGGUGAGAGAGAAUAUUUGUGAACCUGAUGAAGUUACAUAUGGAACCGUAAUGAAUGGGCUCUGCAAAAGGGGGCAUACUCAGAAAACUUUAAGUUUACUGCAGUUAAUGGAACAGGGGAACACUUAGCCCAACAUAUUUAACUACAACAUCAUCAUAGAU